GCAGGGAUAACCACAACGAUUAUUUAUACAGUUAUCGAUUCUGUAAUGACUAUCGAUAUCGGUAAUACUCGCGCUGUCAGAUUCAUUGAAACUAUCGAUAGUUUGUGCAGCCCUGCACAAUUUGUCAGAACAACGAGGGGAGAGCAACCUUCACCUUCAUUUCACCUUCAGUGAAUAAAAAAGUUCUGUUAGCUCCAGUGAUCUUUCUCACUUCCGUGGAAGAAUAUCGCAGAAAUUCCUCAUCUUCUCAGCCUCAUUGCCAUUUCACCUGUUGUACGGUCAAUCCAUCAACUGAGAAACAUGGUUAUCCAGAAGAUUGUUGCUCGUCAAAUUUUCGACUCGAGGGGAAACCCAACGGUUGAGGUGGAUCUCACCACGAAUCUCGGUAUGUUCCGUGCAGCUGUGCCAUCUGGUGCAUCCACCGGAGUCCAUGAGGCUCUGGAAUUGCGUGACAAUGACAAGAACAACUACCAUGGCAAGGGUGUCCUCAAGGCUGUGGAGAACAUCAAUAAGAUCAUCGCUCCGGAGGUCAUCAAGUCCGGGAUUUGUGUGACUGCACAGGAGGAUAUGGAUAAUUUUAUGUUGAAACUCGAUGGGACGGAGAAUAAGAGUAAAUUCGGUGCCAAUGCCAUUCUCGGUGUAUCACUGGCUGUUUGCAAAGCCGGUGCAGCUGCAAAGGGUGUACCACUGUAUCAGCAUAUUGCUAACCUGGCUGGGAAUCCCAACAUCAUUCUCCCCGUGCCAGCUUUUAAUGUCAUCAAUGGGGGUAGUCAUGCUGGCAAUAAACUCGCCAUGCAGGAAUUCAUGAUUCUCCCCACGGGAGCUACAUCCUUCACGGAGGCCAUGAAGAUUGGAUCGGAGGUGUAUCAUCACCUGAAGAAGGUUAUCAAUAAUAAAUUCGGUCUGGAUGCUACAGCUGUGGGUGAUGAGGGUGGCUUUGCACCCAACAUUCUCAACAACAAGGAUGCCCUAUUCCUCAUUCAGGAUGCCAUUGCCAAGGCUGGGUACACGGGCAAAGUUGAGAUUGGAAUGGAUGUGGCUGCAUCGGAAUUCCACAAGGAUGGGCUGUAUGAUUUGGACUUUAAGAAUCCCAACAGCGAUAAAUCCCUCUGGCUCUCUCCGGAUAAGCUCACCGAACUCUACAUGGAAUUCGUCAAGGAGUUCCCAAUUACAAGCAUUGAGGAUCCCUUUGAUCAGGAUCACUGGGAUGCCUGGUCGAAAAUGACUGCCGGUACGAAUAUCCAAAUUGUCGGCGAUGAUCUCACCGUAACCAAUCCCAAGCGUAUUGCCACGGCUGUUGAGAAGAAGGCCUGCAAUUGCUUGUUGCUCAAAGUCAAUCAAAUUGGCACGGUGACGGAGUCCAUUAAGGCCCAUAACUUGGCCAAGAGCAAUGGCUGGGGUACUAUGGUAUCCCACAGAUCUGGUGAAACGGAGGACACGUUCAUUGCUGAUCUCGUAGUGGGACUCAGCACUGGGCAAAUUAAGACAGGUGCCCCGUGCCGCUCUGAACGAUUGGCCAAGUACAAUCAAAUCCUGAGGAUUGAGGAGGAACUCGGUGCUGGCGCCAAAUUUGCCGGAAAGAGCUUCCGUAAGCCACAGUAAUGUGUCACUUGGCUUUCCCCACGGAUUACCCUCGAGGUGUUCGCAAGAAUUUAUAAUAUCCACGAAAGGAGACAAUACAGAAGGGCUUUAGAAGCCCAUUUCUUCUUUCUAAAUCAUUGUAAUCGAUUAAUCUUAAAGAAAUCAAUAAAACUUUCUCGUUGGGAAUCGUUUCGUAGACAAA